AUGUACUACGACCUUGAAACAAAUAUUCAGAAGGUUAUGUACGGUUUACGUGCAGGCUGGGAAUUCAUGAUUCGUCAGAAGCUCCCAAAGAAGAGCACAGGGCACAUCUUGACAGCUCUUGGGGCUAGACCAUAUGAUGAUCAUGGAUUCAAGGUACGGGAUCUUACUUCAAAUAUUGCGGAAUGCGAUUUCUACAAUUAA